AUGUUGCGUUGCGAAAAAGAGGAAAAGUUCAAAGACCUUCAACUUCGAGUUUUUCAGAAGUCCAAGGUUGCUGUAUCAGAACUUGCAGGUAGUGUAGAACAAAAUUUGAGAUCUUUGCUUGACAAGAAUUACAAAUUGAUCAACAAAAAAAAAAGUUUAAAACAUUUUAUUGAGUCCACUCAGCCAUUGUUAGAAUCGCUGAAACCAUUAAGAAACCAUGAAGAAAAACAUAUAGUGCAGAUGCUAAAAGAAUUUUUUAAAGAUAACAAUGAUGCAUUAGACAUGAUAAACGAGGCAUUUGUUGAUGGUUCUAGCUUAUACACAAUGUGAAUACAAAUGCUUGUAGCCAAGGCUGUAUUACAGGAUCCAGACCAAUAGGCACGGAUUCUGCCAACAAUGUCAACGGAGCUAAAAAUUUCAAGCAAAAUCCUACAGUCAAAGGCAUGAAACGAUUCCUAACCGAGACUAUCAUAUCACAACAGUCGGGGAUCGACCGCAUCGAAAUUUAAGCCUUCGCAAUUGCUUGCCGAGAUUGAGGCUGAUGACGAUGCAGGACCCAACAUUUCUAAGCAACGUUCGCCUACGCUAUCAUCAGCUGACGACAUCUUAGACAAAGUAGGAAUUCGGAAGAGAAAGUUAUUUACUGCUCCCCUUGACGACAACUCGGAUAAUGAGUCGGCUAGUCACCCGAAACCGCCAACAUUGCCUACGGGAAGUAAUGAAAACGAAAAGGUUGCAUUUAUUGUUGGUUCUAGCUUAUACACAAUGUCAAUACAAAUGCUUGUAGCCAAGGCUGUAUUACAGGAUCCAGACGGAUAUGCACGGAUUCUGCCCAACAAUGUCAACGGGGCUAAAAAUUUCAAGCAAAAUCCUACAGACAAAGGCACGAAACCAUUCCUAACCGUGACUAUUAUAUCAGACAGUCGGGGAUCGACCCCACUGAAGGACCCAACACUUCUAAGCAACGUUGGCCUACCCUAUUAUCACAUGACGACAUCUUAGACAAAGUAGGAAUUGGGAAGAGAAAGUUAUUUACUGGUCCUCUUCACGAAAAACUCGGAUAAUGAGUCGGCUAGUCAGCCCAAACCGGCAACAUUGCCUACGGGAAGUAAUGAAAACGAAAAGGUUGCAUUUAUUGUUGGUUCUAGCUUAUACACAAUGUCAAUACAAAUGCUUGUAGCCAAGGCUGUAUUACAGGAUCCAGACGGAUACGCACAGAUUCUGCCCAACAAUGUCAACGAAGGAACAAAUUUCAAGCAAAAUCCUACAGACAAAGGCAUGAAACCAUUCCUAACCGUGACUAUUAUAUCGGACAGUCGGGGAUCGAACCCACUGAAGGACCCAACACUUCUAAGCAACGUUGGCCUACCAUAUUAUCACAUGACAACAUCUUAGACAAAGUAGGAAUUGGGAAGAGAAAGUUAUUUACUGCUCCUCUUGGCGAAAACUCGGAUAAUGAGUCGGCUAGUCAGCCGAAACCGCCAACAUUGCCUACGGGAAGUAAUGAAAACGAAGAGGCUGUUAUCCCUCGAGACAAAGGAUCUGAAAAGAAGCAUAAGAAGUCUAAGCAUUAA